GAGCUACAACGGGAAACGUAGUAAUAAACUCGGCAUCUCUGCGUUUUCAGAAAUUCAGAAAUAUCUACACUUUAUAAUGUUGAUAUUGUUGGUAGCAUUUAUUACUUUGCAAUCUACAACUGUUCUAGGGCAGUCUGUUCCUAACAGUGAAGGUUCUACGGUAAACAACCGUCCAAUAAUUGGUAUUUUAGCACAAGAGAAGUUUUCAAACAAUUUUCAAAGUUAUAUUGCUGCAUCAUAUGUAAAAUUUAUUGAAGGAGCUGGUGCAAGAGUUGUUCCAAUUUGGAUUGGAAAGAAUGAGCGGUAUUAUAAAGAUAUUUUAUCUAAAAUAAAUGGAGUUCUAUGGCCUGGUGGAUCUGCGCCUUUCGCUAACAGCAAUGGGGGGUAUGCAGAUGCAGGAUAUGAGAUUUACAAAAUUGCAAAAAGAAUGAAUGAAGAUGGAGAUUAUUUUCCUAUACUUGGAAUAUGUUUAGGAUUUGAGUUGUUAACGUAUGUUGUUGCUAAUCGUGUUCCUCAUAGGACAUCCUGCAAAGCACUGAAUCUACCACUGGAGUUGAAUUUUACACCAGAUUACAGAAGAAGUAGGAUGUUUUCUAAUAUUUCAGAUAAUAUUGUAAAAAUAUUGGAAACUAAGAAAGUGACAUCAAACCAGCACCAAUAUUGUGUUACGGAACAGGCUUUACAACGAGUUAAUGUAAAAGAUAAAUUUCGAAUACUAUCUUUGAAUUACGAUUUAGACAAUCUUGAAUUCAUUUCUUCGUUGGAACACAUCGAUUACCCUUUUUACGGCUUGCAGUUUCAUCCAGAGAAAAAUUUAUACGAAUGGAAAAUCGGAAAAAAAAUUCCACAUGGACAAAAUGCUGUUAAAAUUGCACAAUAUUUUGCUAAUUUUUUCGUUAACGAAGCGAGUAAGAAUCAUCAUAGAUUUAGAAACAGCACUGAAGAAACUCGUAAGUUAAUUUAUAACUACUCACCAACUUACACUGCAAGACUGAACAACUCUGUAUUCAUGCAAUCUUACAUAUUUAAUUUAACGGAUACAUCAUGAUUUGUUGAUAUUUGUUUAGUUAGUUCUCGAUCUGACAAUUUUAUUCUAUAUUGUUACUACUUAUUAUUUUGUUCUAUAUUCAAUAUAUAUAUAUAUAUAUAUAUAUAUAUAUAUAUAUAUAAAGGAAUGCUAAAUUUUUUAAAAUAAAUGUAAAUUUAUUGCAGACCGAUUCUAUUAUCAUUAAAUCUUUAAUUUAUGCUGAAAAUUUUAUUCAAAAUAGAAUUAAAGCAUGGGAAAUCAUUACAUGUAAAACAGGACACAUAGUGUUCACAUUUAACAUAACACCAGUGUAUAUUGUGUCACAACUGGGAUACAUAAUAUUACAAUGGUGCAUAAUAAAGUUCUAUACAUAUUUCCUUCUA